AUGAGAUAUCCGUGUGGCUUAAAAGCUCUUCUGCAGAUGUUUCCUUGCCCAUCCAUUGUGUUGAAAAACCAACUGACUCAGAAAAUGCCAGAAUCUCCUGGAAAGACAGUGUGCACAGGCGAAUCACACAUCCCUUCUGGAACGAUUCAGAGUGGGAAAGGUUUGCAGAGUAAGAGUCAGUUUAGGACCAUUGCGCCAAAAAUCGUGCCCAAAGUCCUAACGUCCAGACUGCUAUCAUGCCAUUCCCCGUCACUCUCCGAGCAGGUGAAUCCAGGACCCUCCACCAACGCCAAGCCCCUGGGGGUGCCUGCCCAAAAUUAUGCUCUGAUGCAGGUUGCUGGACAGGAGGGGACGUUUUCUCUCGUCGCUCUGCCACACGUUGCCUCAGCUCAGCCAGUCCAGAAGCCCAGGCUACCGCUGCCUGAAAAUCUUAAACUGCCUAUUCCCCGAUACCAACCCCCGAGAAACAACAGAGGAUCAAGAAAGAAACCGGUUCGGAGCUCCUCUGAGAGUGGCGGUGGCAUACCUCCUGCCCAAACGCAAACGUCCUCCACCCCACCUGACCAUACCGAACCCCUGCACAAAGCCAGCCCCUUGGAGCAGGCGCCGUCACGAGCCCAAGCCCCAGCCGGCAUCAGCUCGGCACCACCAGCCAACCAAGGUGGCCCCGGAGACUCUCCACCUCCGGUGGCCAGUGACUGUGGAGAUCCGAGCCCUCCUGCCGCCCCGACACCGUCCACACCAGAGGAGCCCUCUGCCAAGCAGGACCUCACAAAGACUUCAGGGAAAGCAAACUUGGCGACCAGGAAAACCUGCAGUAAGCCUUCUUCCGUUGCCAGUGGAAAACUGAAAGAACAAGUCGAUCUUGCAAAAGCCAUGACCAUUUUAUCACCAGCUGUUUUUGGCAACACAGUUCAGCUCAUCUCUCCAGUCCCCAAAGGUAAACUGCCGAUCCUCCCGUAUGCCAGAAUGAGAACAGCAGAGGUUUGCAGAGGUCCCUCAGAGGUUACCACCGCAAACGGUUCUCUGCCUGGGCUCAGGGCCGCCUGUGAUCAGACCUCCUCCACCACGGAAGGCUUUCAGGCAGCCACCAAAAUGGUUGGCAAGACACCUGCUCUGCAGUCAUCAAAGCAGAGUCCCUGCGAGAGUGCUUUUUGUCCCGCCGCCAGGCUGGAUCUCAGCCACAAAGCAAAACUGAACAGCGGGGCGGCAAAGAGAAGAGUACGUAAACGAAAGGUACCGGAGGAAAUGUUGGCGUUUCAGGGGAAAAGGAGGAAGUGUAUCAUUAAUAAGUGUAAAGAGAGUAAAGAAAGAGUGAAAACCGAUCCCCAAGAAUCCAGAGACCAAAAACCGGGGGCUCUGAAGAAAUACCGCAGCAUUAUGCCUAAGCCUGUGAUCGUGGUGCCCACUCUGGCUCCCGUGGCUUCUCCAGCAGGUGCGUUACAGCCCCACACACCCAGCAGCCUGGCACAGGACGUUCUGUUGGGUAAUUCACUCACUCCUAAGUAUCUGGGCUGGAGGCAGGAUGGCGGCGCCUCUGCGAAGCCCAGCUCUGUGCUGCGGAAUGGCUUCCCCGGCAUCAAGAAGCCUUGGCACCGGUGCCACGUCUGCAACCACCACUUCCAGUUCAAACAGCACCUCCGGGACCACAUGAACACACACACGGACAGACGGCCUUACAGUUGUCGGAUCUGUCGCAAGGCGUACGUGCGGCCCGGCAGCCUGAGCACGCACAUGAAACUCCACCACGGUGAGAACCGUCUCAAGAAACUCGUGUGCUGCGAAUUUUGCGCCAAGGUGUUCGGCCACGUCAGAGUCUACUUUGGCCAUCUAAAAGAAGUGCACCGGGUCGUCAUCAGCACCGAGCCCUCCCCCGGGGAGAGGCCGCCGGGGGACGUGCCGAAGAACAGGGGCCUGAGCACGCGAGGGCCGGAGGGAUCCGUGGAGAGGGAAAACAAGUCGAGCCUGGAAGAAGACCUCCUCCUCACCCAGGCAGAUGAAGUCAAGUUGCAAAUCAAAUGUGGCCGCUGUCAGAUCACUGCUCAGUCUUUGGCUGAAAUCAAGUUUCAUUUACUUUACAUCCAUGGAGAGGAAAUUCAGGGCCGGCUGCAAGAGGAGAUCCUACCAGGAAGCAGAGGCGCUCAGGAGGACCUGGUGAAACACGCUGCUCCUUUCUGGAAACAGCAUCCUGAAAGAAGAAAGCUACUUAACAAGCACGGCCCCCCUGAUGAGGAGUUCCCCACAUUUCCCAAACUGAAAAGGCAGCUCUGCCUUCAUCCCCAGAAGGAUAUGGAAAUCCUCAGGAAGGCUGAAGGAGCCCAGGCAGGACCCAGCGAGACGGGGGCGGGUCCCAGCCCCCACGCCCCCCAACUUCGGUCCCAUUCAGGCUUUAACUGCGUCUUGUGCACACAGACACUGCCAAGGAAGGAAGAACUCCUCCUGCACUGGGAGCAGCAACACAACUGUGAGGACCCUCCCAAGCUGUGGAUGAUUUUAAACACCCUCUCCCACCAGGGAGUGAUCGGACUUUCUGGCAAAACUGAACAAUGA